AUGGACUUCAGCGGUGCCCGCAGCAACAGCGACCGUGUUUUCCCAGUAUGCAAAGGAAAGAGAAACAUGUCCGAAUUGGAUGCGUUGCUGUUGGAUGGCCUCAGAGCAGAGAUGAACUUGCAGUACACACGCAAAGCCAUGAGAGAGAUCCACAGACAGCAGCUGCUGGAGGCAGAGAGGAGGCAGAGAGAGGAUCUGGAGAAGAGGAUUCAUCUCAACUCCCUAAUUUCCACAGAUAGGGACAGAAAAGUCCACAACGAAAGACAAACGGAUAGGGCUCCCAGCCAUCGGACCAGUCAAAUAGGAAAUCUAGAUCCGAGGAGAUCUAGGUCUACAUCUUCCCUGGCCACAGGCAAGGGGACUUCACAGCAGCUUAGGCAAUUAGAAAAGCCAAUUUCUCCUUCUGCAGCCUGGAUAUCUUCAACAAAUGUCUCACAGCAAACUGCCAGGGCAUCCACGGCUGCUCAGAGAGGGACACAACCGCUUCAGCAGCAAGCUCUAUCAAAUACACAGCUGGCAUAUGUAAGUAAAGAGGCAGAGGCAGAAGCUGAGUGUCGGAAGAAGUUUCACGCUUCUCCUGUGCCUCGCCAUGCAAGUUUGCCCCUCUAUCAUAAACUGAUGCAGCUGAGAGAGGAGGAGAGGAAGCAAGGCCAUGACCAAAGGAAGAACUUCCUGCUUUCCAUACAGAAGCCUUUCAGCUUCCUGGAGAGAGAUAAAGAGAAGAGGGAGAAGAUGAUAGAAAUGUUAAGCCAAACUGUACAAACUCAAAAAGCUACCAAGGCUGUCGUUGUUAGCAAAACUGCUCCCAAGAUAAGGGAGGACACCGAAGUUUCUCCGCUUUCGAAAGACAAGGAGCUUUGCACAGAGGUCCAAAUGCAGACUAGAGCACAGGAGAACGUGAGAAAAUCCAUUGUCCUCGGUGACAAUUAUUUGCACACUAGCAACCCUAAACUUCGAUGUGCUGAGCGUACCAAGAGGGAACUACUGGCUUUCCUGGAUGAGAAGCCAAGCUUCCAGCCAAAGAUAAACCCAGGGGUCCCUGACUUCAACAGGCUGCACAAGGCCCUUCCAAUAAAGGCCCCGAGAGAGGCAGAGAGGAAUGAUGUGACCCAGUGUCAGCCCUUCCACCUGCGGACAUCAACUCUCUCUACAAGACAAAGUAGAAUGACCCCCAAAACCUCACUGGAACCGAGGAUAAGCCACCACUUGAAUAGCAGCAGUUCAUUUGGAGGUAUAACAUCCCUGUCUAGAGACACACUUCCCACGUACAUCACAGAUGCUGUAAGGAUGCGCGGCAUUGCCAUCAGAAAGUCAAUGCAACUGUGGGACAGUGAGAAGCAAGAGAGCGCCGAUUGGGUGAGGAAGUACAGGAUGAGGUCCCAAGCCAUGAAGAAAACAAUUGCCAUUCGUGCAAAGGUUAUGGACCCACACAGCAGCUUGAAAGAAGUGUACCAUGAAAAACUGCAGCGGCAUCGGGAGGCCGACCAACAGCGGAUGAGAGAGUACAUGAGGGAGCUUCGGGACAUGAAAGCACGAGUCACCGUGCGUCCUCUUCUGUUUGAACAGGUGAAACAGGAAAGUGCGAAAGCUCAUGCAUUGCAUACAUAUAGAAACAAGUUGAAGGAAGCUGGGUUAAAUGAGCUUUUUGUUGAAGCACACGGAGAGGGGGUCGAAGUGACUGCAAUACAAUCAGGAUCUGAGGAUGAUACAGAUACUAGUUACCCCGACAUUGAAAAUGAAAUUCAAAUUAGCCCUCUUGUGUUUUCGCCCAUGGUUCACCUGCAGGAGGAGCUGUGGCUCGUUACAGCCUCAGCAAAGCGAUAG